AACAGAGGGGUACAAAUGGGAUUCAACAGGUUCUCUCUGCCAGCAGUGGCGGUGAUAAUGAUGAUUAAUGCCAUGCUUCUAUCACAAGCGUGUUUGGAGGAAGAACGAAUUGCUCUUUUGCAAAUCAAAACUUCCUUUGGUGAAAACCCAAAUCUUAAGUCAUCCCCGGUACUCUCUUGGGGAAAAGAUGCCCUCUGUUGCAGUUGGGAAGGAGUUACCUGCAGCAAUUCCACUACAAGACGAGUCGUCGAAAUCCAUCUUCGAAUUUGGUCCUCAUCUAUGGAACAUUGGUACCUAAAUGCAUCUAUAUUUCUUCCCUUCCAAGAACUCAAUGUUCUUGACUUGACUGGAAAUAGCAUAGCUGGCUGUGUUGCGAAUGAAGGUUUCGAAAGGCUAUCAAGACUUGCCAAAUUGGAGGUUCUUGUUUUGUAUUACAAUUACUUUAACAAUAGCAUCCUAUCAUCCCUCAAAGAUCUUUCAUCUCUUAAAUAUCUAGAUCUUGAUGGCAAUCAAUUGAAAGGAUCAAUAAACACAAAAGAAUUUGAUUCAUUGAGCAACUUGGAGGUGCUAUCACUGGUUGGAAAUAGGAUCCACGGUUUUGUAGCCUUAAAAGGCUCUGAAGGACCGUCAAGACUUAACAAAUUGGAGAGUCUUGAUUUAAGCUACAAUUACUUCAACAAUAGCAUCCUAUCAUCCCUCAAAGGGCUUGCAUCUCUCAAACAUCUGUAUCUUGAUGGCAACAGAUUGCAAGGAUUAAUAAACAUGAAAGGCUCUGAAGGACCGUCAAGGCUUAACAAAUUGGAAAGUCUUCAUUUAGGCAACAAUUACUUCAACAAUAGCAUCCUAUCAUCCCUCAAAGGGCUUUCAUCUCUCAAACAUUUGUAUCUUGAUGGCAACUGGUUGCAAGGAUUAAUAAACAUGAAAGAAUUUGAUUCAUUGAGCAACUUGGAGGUGCUAUCACUGGUUGGAAAUAGGAUCCACGGUUUUAUAGCCUUAACAGGCUCUGAAGGACCAUCAAGGCUUAACAAAUUAGAGGUUCUUUACUUGAAUGACAAUCACUUCAACAAUAGCAUCCUAUCAUCCCUUAAAGGGCUUUCAUCUCUCAAAUAUCUGUCUCUUGAUGGCAACCAGUUGCAAGGAUCAAUAAACAUGAAAGGCCUUUGUGAGUUAAAGCAUCUCCAGGAACUAGAUAUCAGCUACAAUGAUCUCAAAGGUUCUUUGCCUUCGUGUUUCUCGAAUUUGACAAAUCUUCAAGUUUUAGAUAUCUCUUUCAACAACUUCACUGGAAAUAUAUCAUUGAGUCCCAUUGGAAGUCUCACGUCCAUUCAAGAUCUAAGACUUUCACACAAUCACUUCCAAAUCCCAAUCUCACUUGGCCCAUUUUUUAACCUUUCAAACCUCAAGAAUUUGAAUGGUAACCGUAAUGAAUUAUACCAGUCAACAGAGCUGGUACACAAUUUAAUUCCAAGGUUCCAGUUACAGAGGCUUUCUUUGGCAUAUACUGGAUCCGGCGGGACAUUUCCGAAAUCCCUGUACUAUCAACAUGACCUUCAAUUUGUUGAUCUCUCACACAUCAAAAUGACAGGAGAAUUUCCGAGCUGGUUGUUACAAAACAACACAAAACUCGAAGAGCUUUAUUUGGUCAACAAUUCCCUUUCAGGAUCUUUCCAAUUAGCAAAUCAUUCCCUUGUGAGACUGUCACAUUUGGAUAUAUCGAGAAAUCACAUCCACAAUCAAAUUCCUACUGAAAUUGGAGCAUGUUUCCCGAGGUUAGUGUUUUUGAACCUGUCCAGAAAUGAUUUCGAUGGUAGCAUUCCCUCUUCGAUCAACAAUAUGAGCCUCUUGAAAGUCUUAGAUUUGUCCAACAAUGGCUUGUCAGGCAACAUACCUGAGCAGUUGGUGGAAAACUGUUUAUCAUUAGAGGUUAUCAUGCUUUCAAAUAAUUAUUUGAAAGGCCAGCUUUUCUGGAAAAAUUUCAACUUAACAUACUUGACCGAGCUGAUAUUAAGAGGGAAUCAGUUAACCGGGAUUCUUCCGAAUAGCUUAUCUAAUUGUUCUGCAUUGCAAGCAUUGGAUGUCAGUCUCAAUAAUUUAUCUGGUAAGAUACCGAGAUGGAUAGGGUAUAUGUCUUCUCUUCAAUAUUUAGACCUUUCAGAGAACAAUCUUUUUGGAAUUCUACCAUCCAACUUUUGUUCUUCAAGGAUGAUGAUAGAAGUUUAUUUAUCAAAAAAUAAACUAGAAGGAUCACUGAUUGGUGCGCUCGAUGGUUGUCUGUCGCUGAAGAGAUUAGAUAUUAGCCAUAAUUAUUUUAAAGGUGGCAUUCCCGAGUCAAUUGGUUCUUUGUUAGAGUUAAGCUUUCUUCUUUUAGGUUAUAAUAAUCUAGAAGGUGAAAUCCCAAGACAGCUGUGCGAACUAAAGAAAUUAAGCUUGAUUGAUCUUUCUCAUAAUAAUCUGUGUGGUCAUAUUCUUCCAUGCCUACAUCCUAGAAGCGAGUGGUAUAGGGAAUGGGACAGUGCUCCUACUAUGCCUUCAGCAUAUGCUCCUAUGCCUUCAUCAUAUGCUCCUGAGUAUAUGCCGCCAGCAUAUGCUCCUAUGCCCUUGGAAGAUCCUUCUGUUAAUAAAUCUGUUGAGAUUACAACAAAGAGUAUAUCGUAUUCAUUCAAGGGAAUCAUCCUCACUUACAUCUCCGGUAUCGAUCUCUCCUGCAACAAUUUGACAGGAGAGAUUCCUUUUGAGCUUGGAAACCUCAGCAACAUUAAGUUGUUGAAUCUAUCCCAUAACAGUUUAACAGGUCCCAUACCACCUACAUUUUCAAACCUGAAGGAAAUUGAAACUCUGGAUCUUUCCUACAACAACUUGAACGGGGAAAUUCCUCCCCAGCUUCUCGACUUAAACUUCCUUUCUGCUUUCAGUGUAGCCCACAAUAACUUAUCUGGCAAAACGCCAAAGAUGGUUGCACAAUUCUCAACAUUCAGCAAGUCUUGCUAUGAGGGAAAUCCGUUGCUUUGUGGACCACCACUCGCCAAAAAUUGUACUGGAGCAAUACCACCAUCACCACUGCCAAGGUCUCAGACUCAUAAAAAAGAAGAAAAUGGCGUUAUUGAUAUGGAGGCUUUCUAUGUGACAUUUUCAGUAGCAUACAUCAUGGUCCUGUUGGCAAUAGGUGCAGUUCUGUAUAUAAACCCACAUUGGAGACAAGCAUGGUUUUACUUUAUUGGGAAGAGCAUCAAUAAUUGCUAUUACGUUCUUGUGGACAAUUUACCUGUGCCAGCCAGGUUCAGACGAUUUCAGCCUUGUGUCUAAAACGGUAUUGGCUUAGUGUAUACUGUGUUUAGUGUUUACAUUUUCAAGUUGUGAUUCAUCAAUAAACCAAUCUUUAUAAUUGGUGUUAAUAUAUGUUCAAACACUCUGUGCCAUCCUACAAAUAAUGUUCUGUUUUUUUCUUA